CAGCGGACGUCCGAGUUACAUGGCAGCGGCAGUAGCUGAGCUGAGCUGGGGACCUUAAUUAGCCUAAUAGGCCAAUAGGCUUCGGAAGUUGGAAGUGGGACCUUGCUCGCUUGAUAUUUCUUUCUUCCUGCGCUCUCUUCUUCCCCACUCACGACAGAAACAUACCUGCUUCACACUUGCCCUCUCGUGGAGUGACUUUGCGAAACGCUGAACCAGGCAUACAUUGCUCGAGCGAUGGACGCAUCACCAGAGAAAGUGGCCAAAAUCAUAGAUGGCAUUGCAAUUGCAAAGGACAUCCGUUUGGAGAUUACGUCUGAUGUGCAGAAGAUGAAGGAGGUGUACGGCAAGGUUCCAGGCUUGGCCGUGAUCAUUGUUGGAGAGCGGAAAGACUCCCAAACGUACGUACGAAUGAAGAGACGGAUGUGCGCAGAAGUUGGGUUUGUCUCCUUUGACAAGGACAUGCCAGGGGACGCUUCUGAAGAGGAGGUGCUCCAAGCAGUAAAAGCUUUCAAUGAGGACUCUGCAGUGCAUGGCAUCCUCGUGCAAUUGCCGCUGCCGAAGCACAUUGACGAGCAGACAGUCCUGUCAGCCAUCAGCCUGGAGAAGGACGUCGACGGUUUCCACCCGCUGAACAUCGGCCGACUAGCUAUGAAGGGCCGAGACCCGCUCUUCGUUCCAUGCACACCUAAGGGUUGUAUAGACUUGCUCGACCGCAGCGGCAUCAAGAUCGCCGGGAAGCGCGCGGUCGUUCUCGGGCGCAGUAACAUCGUGGGCAUGCCGGCCGCGCUGCUGCUACUGCACCGGGACGCGACGGUGUCGAUCGUGCACUCCAAGACGGAGGAUCCUGCGAGUAUUGUGCGCCAAGCGGACAUUGUGAUUGCUGCCAUUGGGCGACCAGAGACGGUACGGGGCGACUGGAUCAAGCCGGGCGCCGCAAUCAUAGACGUUGGGACGAACGCCGUUGACGACGCCAGCAAGAAAGCCGGUUACCGGCUUGUGGGCGAUGUCCAUUUUGAGGAGGCGUCAAAAGUUGCCGGUCAUAUCACCCCGGUUCCUGGGGGCGUUGGGCCAAUGACCAUUGCGAUGUUGCUUCAGAACACGUUGAACAGUGCUAAGCGGGUAUUGGCAAAGGAGGUGCCGUUAGAGAAGCUGGAGAUUCGGCCCAAGCAAGUAGCCGUGUGAAGUUAGGAAGAUUUGAAAUUGCAUAGCUGUGUUUGACAUGAGGAGUAGGAACCUUGCAACCAGCGCACGACUUCACUGCAACAUGUAGAAAUUCUUCACAGCCAAUUCUCCCGUCCAAUUCUUGAAUCUUCCAUACAAUUAGCCUCGACUGCAGGCAGGCAGCCGCCUC